CUCUCCGCCAAUUGACCGACGGGUAUCCCUCUCUGUUCCUUUUCUCUCUCUCUCUCUCUCUCUCUCUCUCUCUCUUUCUCUCCUCCUUUCCUCUCUCCGCCUGGUCCGGUUCAAUCAUUGCCCUCUCUUAUCAUGGAAGGCUUCGACACCAUGGCUAUGCCCUACUUGGCUAGUCCCUUAUCGCUCGGCAAUCUCCAAGGUGUGGACUAUCUCAGCUCCGUCCCGGGUAUGGAUCUUCCUGAUCAACCCUCCAAUUUUGAUUCGGAGACGUUUGUCAGCGGCGAUGACCCUAUAGCCUUCCCUACACAACAUGGCUUAUCCACACCGUUAAAACACUUCCCCUCCGGCUAUGAGGAUCCCUUUGCGACAACCGACAUGGUCUCCCCGUUUGAACAGGUCCCGCCCGAGCAGCCCCUACCCCCGGAUUCGUCAAUCGAUCAUAAUAAUAAGCUACUGAGCUUUUCUGUGCCCGUCUUCAACUUCACUCUGCUCGACUAUUCCCUUCGUAGGACCUCAAUAUCUAUGUCUGCUCAGCUGCAUGGCAUGUUCUUCCUUGCAGAAUCGCCUUGGACUACCUCUCCCGCAGAGCACGCGCCACCCCAACAGGGUGCAGAAUUGACAUGCUACCGCCGCAAUCUGUUCCAGAUCACCGGUUCCAUCACGUUGCCCCGCAGUUUGCGCUACAUUAUGACCGAUCAGGGAGACCGGAUACCCAUCCUUGCUCAGGAACUCACCGUGUCAGCCACAGAGUCUGUCGAAGGCAAUUCCCCGGAAAGAGCUGCAACAACACUUUGUCGUCCGUCUCAAGGUCGUCGCAACUUUGUCCACUGGCGCCAAGAUCCCCAUCAGCGAGAUUCACUCGGCCCCCAUCAUCGUUCGAGGUCGCAGCCCGCGCAAUUUCCAGUCCCGCAAAGACUUGCCUCUGAGUGGUAGCGCUGCUGCAUCACGGAAGCACACUCAUGCAGCAUCAACUUCGAGUGCCUUCAAUCGUACUCCAACUAGUGAAUCAACACCCCGUGCUAGUAUGACGCCAGCUAGAACGACCAAUAACAAGUCCACAUUCAAAAGUAAUUCUCCAGAUGCAUCAAUCACAGCGGCCUCCGCAGGUAUGGUGCAGCAGCAGGCAUCUCCUCCCGACUGGGCCAGAAUGUCGCAGACAGCACGAAGUAGUACUGGAUCGUUACCUGCUCAAAUAUCAUCUCUUUAUCAAUCGCAACCGAGUCCGGACUUUUCCCAGGGCACACAAAUACAACAACAGCGUGCCCAUUC